AUGACCGCAAAGGAUGUCUAUGACAGACUGGCCGGCCAGGAGGAGCACAUUCUUCCCCUAACGAACAACAGACGGCUAGCCUACGCCCACAACGGGCCCAUCACGUCCCGGACUGUGAUCAUCUUCUUCCCAGGCCUCUUCGGCGUCGGUAGUGCAUCGAGAGUGUCUGAAUCAUGUCGUUCGCUAGGAGCCCAUUUGAUCGCCCUGACUCUUCCCGGAAUGGGAAAUACCAGCACCCGCGACAAGUCAGUGCCCUACCACAUCUCGCUAGCCAAAGACAUAACCGCUCUACUCGCCCACCUAUACCCGACAGAUGCAUUUGACACCCUGUAUCUGUCGGGCGGAUCGUACGGAACGGUGCCAGCACAGAUGCUAUACGGAGCGCCAUAUGAUCUGUUUCCAGCGGGCCGCAAAGUGGCAGGUUGUCUCUUGCUUUCUGGCUUCUCGCCUCUAAAAUACCAUCAUGACUACGCGAGGUCACUAAGUUGGCAGAACUGGUUCUCCUUCGGUCCGCCUACGCAGCUGAUUCCGUUCCAUGGUCUACAAUGGCUCUUUAGGGGGAUCGUUGGGUCAAAGAUGAACACCGUUGACGGGGCGAAAGAGUUCCUACAACAACAAAUUUUCCGCAAAAUGGAUAGCGAGGAAAGAUCGACAUUCCAUCAAUGGCUUGAAAUAUGCGGGCUAAGCGAGGAUGCCUUUGUCGAACGAAUGGCCAGUGAUACUAUCCGAUGUAAUCAGAACUGGGAUGGAUUCAUGGAAGUAUCGGAUGUCAUCCAUUCGGACUGGGGGUUUGAGCCCAAGGAGCUGGAUGAUGAGCAUGCGUCGAAACCUAUGCUUGUGGUCGGGUCAAGCAACGAUCAGAUUGGUGGGAGUACUAACGAUUGGAUGGUGGAUAAUUAUAGGUCUGCCAAGUUGAAAUUGUUGCCGGGGGGUCAUAUCUCGUCGCUGUACUGUAUGGAUGAACUAUGGACGGAGAUGAUUGGCAGUGAGUACACGAAGACAACAUUUUCGUGA